CGGGCUCGGCAUGGCCGCAGAGCGCGGGCGACACCAAGCGGCCCCGCGGGGAGCGAAACCCCGGCGGGCGGCGGAGCGGCCCGUGCGAGCGCUCUGCCCCAGUGCCGGGCCGAGACCUUCUGCGUGAGAGCGCCGGGACAACUCCGGGCAGAGCUCAACCGCACCGCGCGCACCACGGGCACCUUCCCGCGCCUGGAGAGCGCCCGGGCCACGCCCUCUGACCGCGCCCCUCGGUGUCACUGGCCACGCCCCCUUUGCGACAGUCGCGGUGCGGCCGGGCCGAUCCGGUGUCGGUGUCGGUCGCGGUGCCCCCGGCCAUGUGCGACCCCCAGUCCCGGUUCGUGGCCCGGGCCCGCCGCCGCUUCGCCAUGACCCGCGAGUGCGCCGCGCUGCUGCCCGGCGUGUGCGCCGCGCUGGCCGACCCGCGGCAGCCCGGCCUCGACGACACCUGCCUGGAGAAGCUGCUGGACUGGUUCCGCAGCCUGACGUGGUUCGAUCCCACGGUGGAGCUGGUGCAGGACAACCCGUGUCUGCCAGAGCUCAUCAGCUCCGUGCUGGCCCUGCCGGAUCCCAGCCCCGGCAUCCUGUCCUUCACCCUGCAGCUGGCCGGGAUCCUCGCCUCCUCCGAAAGCCGCUUCCAGCACCUGCAGGAGGAGAAGCUGCUGGGGAGGCUGUUUGGGCAGGAGGGGCCCCGGGGCGGCGCGGCGUGGGAGGAGGCGUCGGUGCGCAGCGCCUGGCUGAAGGGUGUGCACAGCAUGCUGCAGCACCAGCCUGCCCUGCUCUUCCUCUGCUCCACGGGAGCCAUGGAUGUGAUCUUCACUCUGCAAGGGGAUCCCAGCCUGUUUGUGGCUUCAGCUGCCAGCCAGCUCCUGGUGCACAUGCUCACCUUCUCCCUAGAGUCUGAGACAUCAAAAGCUCUCAGUGCCAAGGACUGUGACUGGCCAGCGUGUGCCCAGAUGAUUGUGAAGCACAUACAAGAGUCACUGCAGUCCAGCUCUGCCUCUCACAUCGAGCAGUCACUGAAGCUGUUGAGCAGUUUGUUUGGCAGUUGUUUUGGCAGCUGCUAUGCUGCAUGGACUGAAGUCCUUUGGUUAGACAUAGCAAAGCAGAUAGAAUCCUUCCUGCUGGAGGAGCCUGUUCAAGCACAGCCCGUGCUGGCCAAUCUUCUGCUUAACGUGGCACGGUCCCCUGUGUUUUGUGGCACUGAAGGCAGCUUUUGGGCAUUAGUAACUUCUGCUCUAGAACACUUAACCCCAGUACAAGCAGGUCCUCUGGCAGUGGGACUUUUGAAGCUCUGCAAAUGCCCACAAGAUGUCAGGAUUCAGGCACUGACUGUUCUGCUUCAGCCAAUGGAUUGUAUUUUGAGAGCAGCAUCCCAGCCUCUGGAAUGUGCAGGUUUGCUGGAUGAGUCUGUCAGUGAUCCUUUUGCUGUUGAAAGUCUUCUGUCCUCCAAGACAUCUUGUGCUGGUCUCCUGUGUCAGACCCUCGCUCACCUGGAGAAGCUGCUGUCUCUGAAGCAUUUAAAAGUGGAUUUACCCUGUGUGUCUUUGCUGCACUCUCUCAUUACAAUACUGCAAUUCUGCAAUGGCUUCCUGAGCCCAACUUCUCCUCUGGGGAGCACAAUAAGCCGAAAUUUGAUCAAUUGCUUCAGAGUGCAAAAGUCAGCUCUUGAUGUUCUUGCAGCACUCUCAGAGAAAAAAGACUGUGACACACUCAUAGGAAGUCUGUUUGAUGUCCUUCUGGCAUAUCUGCAGAGUCCAAACACCAGCCCUACUGUUCUAAAGAAAACCUUUCAAGCUACAUCCAAGUGGUUGGUGCACUUGCAGGACCUGUCGUCCUCCAACAGUCAGCAGCAACAAACUGAGAAGAUUUUGGAAGAUGUGUUUCUGGUGCUGCAGAAACGUUUGUGUAGUCCUUGCUGGGAAGUCAGAGAUUCUUCCCUGGAGUUCCUCACUGCCAUGGUUAAGUGCUUGAGAGACCAGAAUGAGUUCAGGCAGUGUCUCCUGUCCUCAGAGGUGCUGAGGCUCACAGAGAACCUGCUGGAGGACCCGGAGAGCUACGUGCGAGCGAGCGCCGUGACUGCCGUGGGACACCUGGCCCUCAUCACUUGCUUUGCUCCAGAGUCCCCUGCCACAGGCACUCAGUAUAACAAAGAGAGCAUUGUAGCAAAACUUCAGGAAAUCUUGUCAACAGACUCAGAGGGCUUUCCAAGGAGGGCUGUGAUCAGCAUCUUCACCAAGUGGCUGAGAGAAGGCUGCACAGGUCGGCUGGAAGAUACAGAGCAGUUUGUCUCUAGAGCCAUCCAGACUGUGGAACACGACUUAGACUGGGAAGUCAGACUUGGUGGUUUGGAGCUGAUUGAAGUUUUCUGUAGUCAGACCAUUUGCCAGCUUGCCCAGUGUCCCUAUGCUCCUGUCUCCUCUGCAGUCACAAGUUCCAGCCCUCAGAAGGAGCUGCUGCAGGUGUUUUGUCGAGCAAAGCUGUUUGGGUUUUUGUUUGGAUCUUUGUGUGACUGUGACAAACCCGUGGGACAGAGAGCCUGUGAUGUGCUGGUUGGCUUGAGAGGUCAUUUCUACCCCAUGAGUACUUUGGAGAAUCCACAAGAGGUUGAAGAUUCACCUGCAGGACAUGGCAUUGCCUGGUUACAGAGGACACUAAGACAGGGUUCUCUGGCUCAGAACUUCCCCACACAUGGUGGUGAUGGGGUGGAUUUCCAGGAUCCAGAGAGCAUGAUGUUAGCUUUGGGUGCAAUAGACUUACUGGAGCUGCAUGAUGAGCUAAAUAAAAGUAGUGACCAUGUGGAGGAGAGCCCUCAGUCCCUCUUACAGGACAUCCUUGCUACUGUGGGGACCAUAGAGGAUAAUGAAGUUGACUGUUACUGAAAACAGCUUUUGCUCUGAGGGAGCAGUGCUUAAGCAGUUUUCUUCUGGAGGAGUAGGAUGGUUUUGUGAGCUGUUAAAUGGGUCAGAAAAUCUUUGCUUUAAUACUGAUGAUUUUUUUUUGUUAAAAAGUGUCAUUUUCAAUAAACUAUUAUUUCUUUUUC